UUCCCUUUCACUUUGUAUAUAGAAAAAAAAAAAAAAGAGUCAGCCAUUUGUCACAGUCAGCGUCACUCAUUCCCAUAAAACCACCUUCUUUUUCUCUUCUUCUUCUUCUUCUUCUCUUUUUCUUUCCAACUGCGAAUCUCUCUCUUUACUAGCAUGCCAUAUUUAGUCGCCACUGAUUAAAGCUGCGGUAUAUAUUAUACCGCUGCAUUAAAUUUAACUAACAUCAAAGAAGAAAGGUGCUGCUGCUGCUACAGAUUACUCAAUGGAUGGUCUACCUGCUGGUUAUCGCCCCAAUGUUGGCGUCUGUCUCAUCAACUCUGAUAACCAGAUUUUUGUGGCUUCUAGAUUGAAUGUUCCAGGAGCGUGGCAGAUGCCUCAGGGUGGUAUUGAAGAUGAUGAGGAGCCUAGAUCUGCAGCCAUCAGGGAAUUGCGAGAAGAGACUGGAAUAGUGUCUGCAGAAAUUAUUUCUGAGGUACCAAAUUGGUUGACAUAUGAUUUUCCUCCAGCUGUCAAGGCCAAAGUAAACCGUCUCUGGGGAGGGGAAUGGCAUGGACAGGCACAGAAGUGGGUGAAACGAGUUCCGGAAAUUCACAGGUUUCUUAUGAGAUUGACAAAAGAUGAGAGCGAGAUAAACUUGGCAAAUGGUGCUGCGGAGCCAGAAUUUGCAGAGUGGAAAUGGGCGAGCCCUGAAGAAGUUGUUGAGCAGGCUGUGGACUACAAGAGGCCAACCUAUGAGGAAGUUGUGAAAACCUUCAGGCAUUACUUAAAUGAGACUGGAAUUGCAGCUAAAUGUAAAUCAUCAAAGUGGUGAAUGUUGGGAGCGUGCUUUUUGUAGGUCUUUUUUAUGUUUCUUAUAGUAUAAUGAAUCUGGGUUCAGUAGAACUUGUUCUGUACAUGGAUGUGGCAGUCGGGAUUUCAAAUUUAGAUGGUUAAUUGCUCAACUCUAAUAAAAUAUAUGUGUUCAAUCAAA